GCGAUUGCCUCCUUUUCUCCGUUUUCCUGCACGAUGGCAUUCUUCAAAUAUCUCCGCUCUGUUAAGAACGGGCUUAUCCUCUUCUCAGCUCCGCUUCUUCUUCUCCCACUGCCUCUAGUGAUCGGGACGUCGGAGGCAGAAUGUGCCUAUGUGAUAGUCUUGAUGGCGGUGUACUGGUGCACAGAGGUCCUACCACUGGCUGUAACGGCUCUCCUCCCAGCCCUCCUUUUUCCCCUGUUUGGCAUCAUGCAAUCCAAAGACGUGUGUAUGCAGUACCUGAAGGACACAAACUUGUUGUUUGUGGGGGGGCUGAUGGUUGCGGUUGCUGUGGAGCACUGGAAUCUGCACAAGCGCAUCGCCUUGAGGGUGCUGCUCUUUGUUGGUGUGCGUCCAGCGCUUUUGAUGUUGGGUUUCAUGGGUGUGACAGCCUUCUUGUCCAUGUGGAUCAGUAACACGGCUACCACAGCCAUGAUGGUGCCUAUUGUCCAAGCCGUGCUGGAACAGCUCAACAACAGUGAUGCAGAAAUACCUCAGAUCCUCAGCUCAGAGGAGCAGGUUCAGACAUCAGAGCCGGACAGCAAACAGCCUCCACAGACAGAGAAACAGAGUGAGGGACAAGGCCCAGUGGUGGUGACUUUCUUAGAUGCUGCAGUGGAGGCUGCCAGGCAUAGGGAGGCAGCAGAAAGGCGGAAAAUGUGUAAAGGAAUGACCCUAUGUGUUUGUUAUGCUGCCAGCAUCGGAGGCACUGCCACACUGACAGGAACUGGUCCCAAUCUUGUGCUCAAGGGCCAAAUGAACCAACUGUUCCCUCAAAAUGAAGAUGUGAUUAACUUUGCCUCCUGGUUUGGCUUUGCCUUCCCCAACAUGAUCCUCAUGCUCACACUGGCCUGGCUUUGGCUUCAGUUUGUCUUCAUGGGAUUCAAUUUUAAGAAGACAUGGGGCUGUGGGGCUGUGAAGACAGAGAAGGAGAUUGCUGCCUAUAAUGUGAUCCGUGAGCAGCACCGUCUGCUGGGGGCCAUGUCCUUUGGAGAGAUCAGUGUCCUGGGUCUCUUCACUCUGCUGGUGGUAAUGUGGUUCACAAGGGAUCCAGGCUUUGUCGAUGGCUGGGCGACGGAUAUCUUCAACUCCAAAGCAGAGUAUGUGACAGAUGCCACCGUGGCAAUCUUCAUUGCUGUCCUUCUCUUUGUACUGCCCUCUAAGCCCCCACGUUUCUUUUCAUGGAGGACUCAAAGUUUUGACACAGUACCCCAUCAAACCGCUGGCCCAACUCCACCUCUGCUCACCUGGAAAGUUGCCCAAAAGAAGAUGCCAUGGGGCAUUGUGCUCCUUCUUGGAGGAGGUUUUGCUUUGGCCAAGGGCAGUGAAGAAUCAGGACUCUCAAAGUGGAUGGGUGAUCAAAUGACUCCCCUGCAAAAUAUCCCUCCCUGGGCAAUUGCUAUCAUUUUAUGCCUACUGAUUGCUACCUUCACUGAGUGCACUAGUAAUGUGGCCACAGCAACGCUCUUCCUACCUGUCUUGGCCUCAAUGUCUCAGUCCAUUGGAAUCAAUCCAUUGUACGUCAUGGUGCCUUGUACUUUGAGUGCCUCAUUCGCCUUCAUGCUGCCUGUUGCUACGCCUCCAAAUGCCAUAGUCUUCUCUUACGGAUACCUCAAGGUUGCUGACAUGGCCAGAACAGGAAUAGUCAUGAACAUCAUUGGCAUCCUGUGUAUUACACUGGCCAUCAACAGCUGGGGCAAGGCCAUGUUUAACCUGGACUCCUUCCCUGUCUGGGCCAAUGCCACUGGAGUGUGAGCCUGGAUCUACCAAAGGAGAUGAUCCAUGCAAACCCUGCCCUCCCUGUCCACAAGUGCCACGCAAAGAGCUCUGGUCAGAGCAACAGCGUAGGACCACACAGUGGACUGCAUGCGUCUGAUUGCUGUUAGGAUACAAGCCCCACAGGGCUUGUUUUCUUUGACACCUGAGUAUUGUUUGUGAAAGAAAGUGGUUAUGAAUAUGAAUGGGAAUGGAAGAAGAGUGGAAGAAGGAUUAAAAUCUUUUUUUUUCAAUUUACAUUGUAUCAUAAUGAAGUCACACUUUAUGCUCAUAAAACAGUAUGACAUAAUUCAUACUCUCAUUAUUUAUUUGCUUAAAUUAAGAGACUCCUUCUAAGAGACUCCAGUCAAUUCUAGAGACACCAUUCAAGUCAAUUCUUUUUGUAUAUCAAGGGAAAUCAAAGGAAGAUAACAUAGCACGAACAUAACUUUUACAACACAUUUACCCAAGUCCACCAAUCCAAAGUACAGUUUUGAGGUACUUGUACUUUACUUAAGGAUUUACAUAUUUUGCCACUUCUGCUUUUACUUAAGUUACACUUCAGAGGGAAAUAUUGUCCUUUUUUAUUUAUCUUACAGCUGUAGUUACUAGUUACUUUUCACAUUAAGAUUUUGCAUUGAAAACAUAUCAGUUUAAAAAAAAAAAUAUGAUACAUUUUUACAGAUUAAACUACCCAACUGCAUACGGAGUUGUUAUAAUUAGCCCCCACCUCAACCAGAUGCUACAUUAAAAUCCAUGUAACUGUAAAUAUAAUAGUAAUAAUCCAACAACAUUACAUAUAAUAAUAUGACAAGGGUAGUCCCAGUACCUACUUGUAUGCUCUACUUUUGAUACAUUUUUGUGUCAAUAUUUCUGUACUUUCACUUAAGUAAAAUAUUGACUGCAAGUCUUUUACUUGCAAUGGAGUAUUUUUAAAUCAUAGUUUUACAACUUUUACUUAAGUAAAAUACUUCUUCCACUGCCAGUUCUAAGUGCUGAAUUUUACAUGCGCAUCUCUGAAAACAAAUUCAUACUAACAAAGACUGUGAGUUAGGUGAUCUAUUUUGGUAUUUAAUAGCAGAGACCAGACUACAAGUAAACGUGUUUUUCCCCCUUGCAUCCUAAUCAACCCCUACAUUGACCUGUAUAUAUAUGAGGGGAUAUGAUACUUCCAGCAUCAGUUGAACUUUGAAAUCUAUCAUCAAUACAAAAGUAAGAACUUUGUGUCUGGCUUGUACAAACAUACCGACUUAUCGUACUGUAAACACAUUUUUAAUAUUUUGGUCAAUAAAGUAUGUGACGACACUGUGAAAUGUCUCACUGCAAUACUGAAUUCUGUCUGAAUUGCA